ACUGUUGUUUUCAUGUAAGGCUGAAGAGGAAAUGGUUUGAAUGUUUCGUGUCGUUUAGCAGGUUUCGAAACAUACAUCAUUUUAGGACUUUAACUCGAUUUUUAUCUUUUAUCAGAUUACAUUUCGCGUCUGCUCUUCCCUGCGUCCUCCCCUUUAGCGCUGUUACUCUCACAUACCGAGUGUAGCUAACAGUAGUGAUAUCAAAGCACAGAUGUUGAAGAAAAAGCGAGGUCAUGCGUGUUUGGUGGCCACCAGUAUGGGCUCGUUUGUGUUGUUAAUGAUGGUGCUGUACGGUACCUUUGGCACGCAGCCCGGCAGCAGCAACUCCUCCAGCCCGAGACGCGAGUACCAGCUGCUGGGCAGACCUCUGUACAAACUGGAGCUGAGCUGGCCAAAGAACCCGGAACUCUUCACGGGGGACGUGUUUGCUGUGGCCGUGGACCAGUAUGCUGGGGUCGUGUAUGUGGCCCAGAGAGGCGACAUUGUUCCCAAGGUGCUGGUGUUCACCACUGAUGGAGAUUUCCUAAUGUCCUGGAACACAACCACCCUGGAGAUGCCUCAUGGGAUGUUUAUAGCUGAUGCAGCCUCAUCAAACCCCACUGUGUGGAUCACAGAUGUGGGGAACGGCCAAUAUGGCCACUGCAUUAAACAGUACUCACCAUCUGGGAACCUCCUUCAGGUGCUUGGUACACCAGGAAAGGCAGGCUCUGGGUUAAACCCUCUGCAGUUUGACCAGCCAGCUGAGAUUUUCAUUCACAGCUCCGGGGAAAUGUAUAUUGUGGAUGGUGACGGUGGAAUGAACAACCGCCUCAUCAAGCUUUCUAAAGAGCAGGAGGUGUUGUGGAUGCAUGGGGAGAAAGGCCAAGGCAUGGCUCAGUUCUACAUCCCCCACAGUGUGACUGUGGACAACUCCCAGAGGGUGUGGGUGGCCGACCGAGGCAAUAAAAGGAUCCAGGUCUUUAACUCCGUCACUGGGGACUGGCUUGGAACUUGGGGGAGCUGCUUCACCGAGGACGCGCCCUACUCUGUUCGCCUGACUCCAGACAAGAAGUAUUUUGUCGUUGUCCAGCUCAACACCAAUCAGAUAUCACUGUUGGAUGCACCUCCAGUGGGUUUAAUUGGCCAGUGUAGAGUGGUCAGUGUGAUCCAGCUGGCUGAGGAAGUGAAGCCCCACCUGGUGGACCUGGACGUAAAGACUGGGGCUCUGUAUGUGGCUGAGAUCGGAGCCCAGCAGGCUCAGAAAUUCAUCCCUUUCAGUCUGGAUGGAAGUUUCCUUUAGAGCCACACGUGGCUUUAAGUGAACAGUUGGAAUGGUUUAGUAAUUUAGGAAACUGUGCCGGUCAUAAGACUGUUCAAUUAAUUUAAACAUGGACUGAAAAUGCUCCCCUGUAUUAUUUUGUGAUCUGCAGUUCAUGUGACCCAGAAAAAGAAAAUACAAAAACAAUUUAUCAACCCGGCUUAAAAUAAACAGUAUCCUUCAACAGUUGACAGUAAGUACAUGGUACUAGUUUGCAACAUCGUGUAUACUGUAUGAAUGCUGUCUGAAUAAUUUACAUUUAAAUCAACAUUAUUCAUCUAUCUGUAUAUCUCAUCCUUUGAGAGUUGUGAGGUCCUGAACACAUCCUCAAAACUUCACAACAAGUGACGACAUUUAUCUUUAAGUGUCUUACAAUAUCUGUUUAUCGCCAAGAGAGCUUGAUUUAUCUUUUUAUGGAUGUGUUAAGUUAGUAGGUUGGGGAUUUGCUAGUUGUCUAAGAACCAAUCCUAACCUCACAUGGGACCCUGCAAACCCUCAGGUGUCCUAGUCCUGCCUUUUAAAAACACAGCACUUCACAGACUGGACUCAAUUAACCCAUUUUAACACUGUGGAGCUAUGUUACUGUAUAAGGAAACAGCAAAAAUGUCCUAUGAUUAAGCUUUUGCUGUCUUAAAAAUGAAUGAAUGAAUGUAAAGUCAUAAAAGUAAGUUUUAUGAAAAGGAAAUUGGUAUUAAUAUAUAGGAAAUGUAUUUACCUGUCACCUAAAGACAUGAUACUUUUAAUUUAAAAUACUAGUAUAUUUGAAACAAAACCACUUUUAUACAAAACCACACUUUUAUGUAGAGAUUCGAUAUUUGUCAUCAGUUUCAGUCUGAUAAUGGUCACAAUCACUGGAUCGGAGAUCAGUAAGAGAAAAAGUACCCUAAAUAUCAAAUAGUUCAUUAAGAUCUGGAUUUAAAGAGCUGCAUGUCACCAGUGUCAUGUGACCAGAAUGUACAUGAGGGCAUGUGGUGAUCAGGUGAGCUACGUGGAAUUAUUUUUAAGAUAAUAUAGGGAAAAUAUUGAGUAAGUGGGUGUAAUUUUGUGAUAAAUAAAUACAUAAAUAAGUGGACUUACACUAUAUUGGUAUCGGAAACACAAAAGUGGUAUGGAGCCAUCCCUACGUUUCUAUUUUUUAAAGAUAAUCACAUGGGCAAUUCAUUCUUCAGUGUUUUGUGGAGUUGUGUGUUCUUUCUUAUGACUUUUCUUGACAUUGCACUGCUGGACAGGACCAGAGCUUUAAGCCCUUUUGUGCUUUUUUUUUUUUUUUUUUUAGUAUUUCAGCUUUUUAAAGGAACCCUGUUGAAGUGUCACAUAAACAAACAAAAGUGAGGGUUAAGUGCAUUUUCUACCAUGUUUUUCCAUGUUUGACAAUUCAUUAUAUUAUUUGCAUCCAUGUGUAGAAGUUUGCAGAUUGUUGAUUAGGUACAAUAUGACAUGAUGUUGUUGUUGACAUAGGGACAUACAGAAGUAUCCAAGGCCGUUUUUUUUUAAGACAUUCUGCACAUGAAACGUGUGUAAAAGGCUGGAACAGAACUGUUUUUCCACAUUGUUUGAUUUUCCUUGACUGUGUGUUGUUUUCUGUAUAUGUAUGUGAUGGUUACAGUAUGAGAGGUAUUGGGGUAACUGAACUGUUUCCUAAUGUAGCUGGAGGCACAGUAUCAUACAGUGGAAACUCAAAAUACUUGCACUACUCAAAAUUGUAGGUCAUCUUAAAUGGACAUUCUAUCAAGAUGACAUGUCAGUUUAGUUCUGGAGCUUUGUCAGUUCAAGCAAAAACAUUAAAGAUUCCAUAAAUUAUAUAUAAUAUGUGUAUAUAUAUAUAUAUAUAUAUAUAUAUACACACACACAUAAGUAUGUGUAUAAACCAGGAAGAACAGAAAGACACAAUUUUAAGGCCUUUUCUAGGAGUCAUAUUGUGUUUGUUACUACUUGUGGGAGUGUUCUUUUAUUUUUUUAAUUUAUUUUAUAUUUUAAAUCACAUCUGUUGUUAAUUAUUCCAUUAAGACUGUACAUGAAGGAUUUUAUGCUGUAACCUUAUUAAUAUUCCCUAUACUUAAAGAAGCCAGAUCAGACUGUUGACCUGUGAUGGAUGAAUUAUUAUACUGUCUUAACAUGAGGAGUUAUGUUUUGUGGUGACUUGAUUAUUAACAUGUGAUUUAUUCCCAUGAUGCACUUUUAUGUCUUGUUAUCCUUAAAAAAAGGGUGAUAUAUUAAGCUCCUGUUUGUUUGUUUGUGUGUUCACUGUUCAAAUCCUAAAUCAGAUCAAUUGAAAUUGCAUGCAUUUCUUUGCACAACAUGAUGAUAUUGACAUUAUGAUAUGAUAUUAUUGAUAAUCGGUUUGAGUGUUUCUGUUUUUUUCUUUCAAUAAUUAAAACAAGCUUUCUGAUU